GCGUACCCCCGGGGGUACGCGUAACCCAGGUUGAAUACCACUGCUCUAGAUGACAGUCUUCUUCAAACUCGCCAUCGUGAAAACCUGAAAUUUCUCCUCAUUUAAUUUUGGUUAAAUUUCUUUAACGUGCUGAUAUUCGCGAAUCGCCGGUGAAGUUGAGUCAGUUUGAGACCCGCAAAACCAACCGAAAAAUAUUCUAGAUUUAUUAUGGGACCCGAAGCGUCUCUCGUGUUGAGCCAUUCGAAAUGCCGAGAAGCGAUAGGCGACUGAGCGUUGUUACGCUACCGCAAGACGAGGUGUGAGACGUUUCCUGGACGGAGCACUGACUGCAGAGGUCACGCAUGGCGUCUAUAAGAGACCCAACCGCGGAGACCACUCGUUCAGUCAUGAAGUCGCUGCUACUGUUGUGCUUUGCGUUAGCACCCCUACGUGCUGAUGACGGGGCCACCUCCCCCGAACCGGCAGACGAGGCUCGCAUUUCGUACGAGGGAGCACAGCUGUUGAAAGUGACGGCUCCUUCAGAAGAAAAGGAAGUAGCCCUGCGGACGCUGCAAGAUAUGGAAGGAGUUGAUACAUGGCUACGACUGGCCACUAAUAGUUCAACAGUGGAUGUAAUGGUGAGACCUGAGAAUGCGGACAAGGUAAAGGAGUUUCUUGAUGGCAGCGGGCUUACUUUUGAUGUCAUCAUAGACAACUUGCAGGCAGCUAUUGAUACGGAGAACCCUACAAUGACUACAGACGAAAUGGAGGAACUUGAGGGCAGGAAAGGUCACCGCAUGACUUGGCAGUCAUAUCACCGACUAGCAGACAUUUAUGGCUAUUUGGACUACCUAGCCCAGACCUACCCUCAGCUUGUGACCAUCCAGACUAUCGGUAAUUCAAUAGAAGGACGUCCACUCAAAGUGCUCAAGAUAUCCUCGGGACGUCCAGGCAGUCCCGCUAUUUGGAUUGAUGGAGGCAUUCAUGCUCGAGAGUGGAUCGCUCCAGCGUCUGUUACAUACAUCAUAAAUGAGCUGAUUGAAAAUCGUGAUGCACACGGUGAAUCCGUGAAGGAUGUCGACUGGUACAUCCUCCCCGUUGUGAACCCGGAUGGAUACGAAUACUCUCACCGCAUAGACAGAUUGUGGCGUAAGAACCGGCGGGGUUCUGGGUACUGUGCGGGAAUUGACUUGAACCGAAACUUUGGCUACAAGUGGGGUGGAGCAGGAUCAAGUCGUGAACCUUGUAAGGAGAUCUUUGCUGGCAGCAGUGCCUUCUCUGAGCCAGAGACAGCUGCUCUAUCCAAGUUUGUUUCGAGUCACACAGGAACCUUGAAGGCAUAUGUAACAUUUCACAGCUACGGUCAAUACAUCCUGCAUCCAUGGGGCUAUGCCGUAGGUUAUCCACAUGACCAUGCGGAUCUGAGUCGUGUCGGUCAGAAGAUUGCUAGCGCCAUGUAUCAGGCAGGUGGGGCUAGUUACAAAGUUGGCGGAGCAGCAGCCACCCUAUACCCAGCUUCAGGCGGGUCAGAUGACUGGGCGAAGGGAGCUGCAGGCAUCAAAUACUCGUAUACCAUCGAGCUGCGAGAUCGUGGAUACUUUGGAUUUAUUCUGCCAGUACAAUACAUCAUUCCCACGGGCCGCGAGUCACUGGCCGCGGUUAAGGUCUUGGCCGAUGAAAUUGCUAAUGGCAGAUGAUCGACCGCAGUUGGAAACUGCAAUUUGUGUUCUGAGGAGCAGACUUGGUCGUCAUCCGGUUGAACAGCAGUUUGUCGUAUGCAAAUUAUAUCUGAAGAAAUUAAUAUAGAAAAAUAUGUAUUUGUGAAAUAAAAUGUAUGAAGUCGU